CACAGCAGGAGAAGAAGACGACGACUGUAGAGGCUAGUUCCGCGCCACAGAUUGGAUGCUCCACACUGAGUUUUUUUUAGAGAGACGCACGGCACAGAGCGGACGCUGAGUCACGCACACACACAUAUUCACACACACACACGCACACAAGGAGGGUGAAAGCAGAAGGAUCACUUUAUACCAGCAUACAGCGCGUGCUCUUUCUCACACACACACCCUCAGGCUGUGGAAUCAAUGAGCGCAGAGUCACGCCGGUGCGUAAAGUUGGUGAGCUGAUCCUUUCUCUCGCUUCCAUUUGUUCCUGAGGUUUUUGCGGAGCAGCGCAGCGCUGCUGAAGUCCCGGUUUCAGCGGAGCUUUCACACCGAUCCCAGUGUCUUUGUCUGUGGAUGAGCCGGUCUGGGUGGAUGGUUAAAGCUCUCUAGAGCAGCGCACUGGAAGUCUCCCUGUGAACGAGGUACACGCGUGGACAUGACAAUGGAUUUGCUGUUGCUAUAGCGAAGAAUUACUGCGAUUUUUGAGUAUUUAUUUUAUAAGAUUUGUGGAUUUUUUCCCCCCUCCAAUAUAUAUUUUUGACGCAAAGCCCGCAGAGGUUUCAGAACUCAUCGUGUGGAAUUACAACCAUGAACAUUGUUGUCACUUUGCUACAAAUCCUGUCGGCAGCGCUUUUUUACCUGUCCAGUGUAAAGACUGCCAGCAUUAACAAGGACGUGGAGAAGAGUAAAAAUGAGAUCAUCUCUUUCAAUGACGUCUUCACAAAGAGUUUAUGUAACACCAGGGAGGUGUUGGUGGACAUCUCCCACGAAUAUCCGGAGGACACGGAGCACACGUACAUCCCCUCGUGCGUGGUCCUUCACCGCUGCGGAGGCUACUGCAACGACGAAGCGAUGGAGUGUGUGCCAACGGAAACUCGUAAUGUCACAUUGCAGGUAAUGCGGUUGAGAACGAUGGUGACGCAAAAGAUCAUUGACUUGAGCUUCACAGAGCAUUCAAAGUGUGAGUGCAGAUUAAAGCCAGAUGUUCAAGUAAAGAAAGAAUACCACUGUGUGCCUUGCUCAGAGAGAAGAAAGCGCUUGUAUGUGCAGGACCCUCUCACCUGUAAAUGCUCCUGCAAAUUCACACAAUUAGACUGCAAGUCCAGACAACUUGAGUUAAACGAAAGAACUUGCAGAUGUGAGAAGCCGAGGAGGUGAGACCAGUGACACUGUUAUGAAGGAAUUCUUUUCUUAGCACAGCACUUUGAAACCUGAGGAUGCAUUCCCUGCAAGGACAUGAAAAAAUACAAAAAACACAACGCAAGACAGGACAUUCUGGACGUCAGAUUUGCCACUGUCUGUUUCCUGCAUAAGGAUAUUUAUAUAUAUAUAUAUAAUAUAUAUGUGUGUACAUAAACUAUAAAGUACCUUGACAAUGUGUAAUGCUGCUACAUGAAGAUACUAUUUAAAAACAAAAACGAAUGCGCCGGCGGCGCGUGAAUGGGGAAAUGUCUUGGUGGUGUUCUGCCCGUGGGGUCGAACUGGGAGAAGAAAUCUUUUUUUUUCCUUUUUAUUUGAUGUAACACUUCACUGGAUGCUGGUCUGCUGUGGAUAUGACUCCCAAAUAUUUCUAAAGUAAAAUGUGCAACCUUCGUGGAGGCAGAUGCCAAAUCUGCCGCCGAACUCUUGCACCAGAGACUGACGGGGGGCGGCGAUGAUGGGACGUCUGUGCUUGUGCGUCCACUGUACGGACGCCUGGUGUGAAAACACAUCUCUCCGUGUUUUUCCUGAAGUGACUGUAGACACAGGAUAAUGUGAAGAUGACGUUCUUGCCCACAUGGAGGGGCUUACAUGAUGAUUCAUCUCCACAGGUCAGAUUCUGUAGGCAAGAGACAAAUAUUUUGGGGCCAGAACUCGUCAGGUUUCCAUUUCUAGUUUUUGACCAACGUGUUUGAGCGGGCGUGACUGUCCCACAGGGCGGAGCACAUUUGUUACAUUUGACGUUACGUUUGAAAAAAACCCGUCAUUUUCGUCAUUCGUCAUUUUCUCAAAGUCGGACUAAAGCACCCGGAUAAUGUGACUGGGAGUCGAUUAACGACUGCACGCGUGCAUUCAUUUGGACCAGAGUUGGAAAUCCAAAACCCCGGUAUGUUGGACCGACAAGAGAACCAACCAACCAACCAUCCACCGAGUGAUAGUGGAGGUGGACACACUCAAUUCCCCGCUAGUGCAUGUCUGCUGGGACAAGGACACGUGUCCUACAACUGUAGCUUGACCUACCUAUUCAUUCAAACAUACUGAUGGACCCACUAUAUCGACUUUUUAAUAGAUCUAUACUCAACCGCAAUAGAGACAAGCUGAAACAUUCACUAGUUGUGAGAAAAACAAAUAAAUGUGGUGGUAGAUUCAAUCGGAAACGGAAAAUUCAAGUCAAGCCCCAAAAUAUUGGCCGUUGCCGCCCAGAGACUGAUUCGUAAAAAGCCAACGGGCUUCAAGAUUGCUUGAUCUUUUUUUUUUUCAGUUGUCACAUUUCAGAAAGUCCAUGUUUUAACUAGGUUUAGACCCGGCCAGGGUUAAACACAGCAAACUGUUUCUUGUUCCAUGUGUAACCCUUCUCUGGUGGGAAAAGAGAUCCAUCUUCUUUUUUCCUUUUUUUUGUACUUGCAUUUUGCAGUCUUGUGUUUCUGUCACGCGAUGUGCAAGAGCGGGCUAUCUAAAGGGAUUUUACUGUAGGUAACGUACAGAGAAGAAGACGUAACGCGACAAAACCUCACUGUACAAAUCCACGACCUUCCAGUUCCCUUAUUUAACGGCUUGUGGUCUGUGUCCCAAAGAAGCAGUUUAUCCUUAACGACCUGGAUGAGUAGAUACCUCUCUGUCCAGUACACUACAUCUAAUUUAUCGAAUAUUUGGAGUAUUCUGUAUUAUGAUAUUUAUAUGCAGUGUUAAUGUAUUUUAUUUUUUUGCUUGUAUCCCUCGACUGUUUUCAGUGUGUCUGGAGAUUGAAUGGAGAAAACACAUGACUGUGACUUUUUUUUGUUUUGUUGUUUUUUUUUUAAAUAUGGGGUGGAGGGUUGGAAAGACAAUGCUUUGACAUUCCUGAUUGAAACUAAAGCUGCGUUUCACACCAGCCGGAGGAGAGGUGUCGUGGUGGGCUCACUGACCGAUAGAAACCCCAGCCACCAACAUGUGUGGGAAUGAUGUGCCAACACAGGUGUUUUUCAUUUUGGACCGGGGCAAUGGACAUGUGGUUUUGCACUCUAUGUAACCCCCACACAACCCCCCCCCAAACCCUCGUCUUAUUGAGAAGUGAAGGAGUCUCAUUGUCAUUGCUCAGCUCAGACCUUAUUUAGUGAAGAUUUCUCAUCAGAUUGAGGCCUCUUGUCCGGAUGGUGGCGGCGCUUUCUCUCUAAUUUUAGGACCACUUCCUCUAAUGAUUAACUGUUACCGUAUAAGACAAAGAUGAAGGAGAUAUAGGAUAUAACAUUCACUUUAUUCAUAUUUAUUUAUACUAUUUAAAAUAUCUGGCUCACAUUUUAUGUCCUAGAGCUGUGCUGGUGCAGGUGUGGUGUACAGUCAUUUGUGCGUAAUAGUUUGUAUUCAGCGGAUACUGUGCAGGCAAAGAGAAAAAUAGUGAAAUAUUAGCUAAAAGCUGAAAUGGAGUAAAUAAAUGGGCAUUUUACUAACAUGUAUGCAUUUCACAGCCAACACAAAUGUAGAAAGAAGUGCCGUCAUCGUGGCUGACAAUUUAUUUCACCACAGCGGCCAUUCGUUACUAAAACAUGAAGCCUGUAACCUCAGCUCGCACUGCUAACGUAACCUUAACUCUCAUUUGAAGGAAUGGAUGACUAGUGUGCACAAAUGAUUUAUUCAAGAUCAGAUCACUAACAAGAGCAAAGUUUACCCGAGACAAAGACUUUGAGCGACUGAGAGUGAAUCAAGGCCAAAGCAAGACAUGUACAGAAUACAUUAUGAUGGACUUGGUCUUGGUCUCAGUCAAGUUCUGGUUUUGCUAGUGUGAUCUUGACUCUAACACCUAUUUACAUGAAUUGUAAGUCCUGUCCAGCACAUUCUCAAUGAUAGUCAUAAAACUGGUCAUUUUUUAAUAGAACAGCCCGAGUGUGAGGCAACUACUGUCCACAUGGAGCCAAACUCUCAAUGUCAGAAGCUUGUAGGCAAAGCUGCUGCACAUGGAAAAGCCUUCACAACACAUGUCUUCUUCUUAUGAGUCCUACCUGUGUUUGUGUUUGCACCAUCUGCACCACAGCUGUUCAUGUGAAACCACCCUCUUGUGCUGCCACCCCCCAAACUGGAGGCCUGAGAGACUUGCUGCUGGCUUCAAGCCCGUGCCUUUCCACUCCUCUCAUCAUGACAACAUUCUGCUUGUAUCUGAAUGACUUUUUUCUCUCUCUCUCUCUCUCUCUCUCUUGAGCUUGUACAGCCACAAUUGUUUUGUGUUUUUUUAGUAUAUUUUCACAUUAAUAUAUUUAUUGUUGCUGUAAACUGUUUUACAAUAAUAGUCUUUUUUUGUUGUAACUAUUAAAACAUAUUUAUUUUGAAAA